UAUGUCAAGGUCCAUCAAAAUUUUGAGCCGGGCCUGUGUAAACCGUGAUUACAUUAUUUGCGUAGACAUUUAAUUAGUUACUUGUUUAUAUGAUAUGCAUAUGAUAAUGCUAAAUCUCACAAGGAUAACAACAUGAUUAGGAUUCCAAAAAAUAAGGGAAAAAGGAAAACAAAACUCCACCCUGGUAUAGGAAGUCUGAUAUAAAAUUCCAAAUACUUUUAUUUAUAACUGAAAAUUUAUUUUUCGAUAUUUCUUUUGGUAGUAACAAGCAAAAACUUAGCCAGAGGAUGGAUGAUAUUGAUAUAGCUAUCCUUGAGCUCACCAUCUUCAUGUUCAUGAUCAUAUGUUGUUGCUGUUGCUGUCGUACUGGUCCCGUUGAGUUACCUCCCCAGUUAAUCGACAAAACUCCACAGACUCAACAAGACAUUGAAACCGGACAGAUAAAGGGCAUACUGUUCAAAGAUAUCAAAGAGAAAGAAGAAGAAGAAGGGUGUGGUAAACGUUGUUGUCCAAUUUGUUUGGAAGAGUACGAGGAUGAUCAUGAGAUUAGGCGUUUGGAGAAAUGUAGACAUGUGUUUCAUCGUUUUUGCAUUGAUUCUUGGCUUCAACAGAAACAAAACUGUCCAAGUUGUCGUCGUUCUGUUUGAUUUUAUUAACAAAGUAAAUACCAGAGAUUAGAUCUUGUAACUUUUAUUACUCAUUGAAGAAGACUAUCAAUAGUUUACAUUAAAACGUUCUAGUCGAAGGUUGAAAAGAUAAAUUCAAGUUAACUUUGAAGCUAUUUUUUUUUUUAUAUUAGGGCAAGAAACAAAGAAACUGCAUGGACUAUAGGACUCUUUAGUGAUUUCUUCUUCUCAACAGAUAUCUAAGUGACGGCCGUGCCACCUCAACAAGCGAUGUUUAUGCCUUUGGUGUUGUUCUUUAAUUUUGAGAUUGUUUGUGGAAGAGAAGUUGUUAUAAGAACAGAGACAGUGGGAACAAAGAAUCCAGAAAGACGUCCAUUGGCGUCUAUUGUAAGUUCUUGGAGUUUACACAAUACUGAACCUUUACACUUCUUUGAUGCAACAUUUAUUUCUAAAUCAUUGUUUGUUGUUGUUGUAGAUGUUAGCGCUAAGGAACUCACCAGACUCUAUGAACAUGUGUUUGAAGGAGUUUAUCGAUCCCAACAUGAUGGAUUUAUACCCGCAUGACUGUUUGUUCAAGGUGAUACUAAGAAAUGAAAUGCUUAGUAGUUUGAACAAUGUAGUAACCAUA